AUGAAGGAGCUGCAAACUAUGUUUUGGGAGAUGGCCAAAGGUUUUGAGUUUCCUGACUGGUCUAAUUUUCCUCAGCCUGUAUAUGACUCUCCUCAGUGGUCUUGCACAUCAGAAGAAGAAGGUAAUGCCGUGUUGGAUUGUUCAUGCAAGCAAAGCCCUCUGUCGUGGCAACAAACUUGCAAUUUUCCAUUGAUCAAUUCUAAUUUCGUGCCUAAUGUUCUUGAUGUGGUUACUGGGAAUCCCUCUGGGUCACAAUUUUGUACUGAUUUGGCACCAAUUGGAGGAACUGAAAGUGCCUAUCAUUUGUUGGAUAAGAGCUACAGCAUGAAGGAGCUGCAAACUAUGUUUUGGGAGAUGGCCAAAGGUUUUGAGUUUCCUGACUGGUCUAAUUUUCCUCAGCCUGUAUAUGACUCUCCUCAGUGGUCUUGCACAUCAGUGAGACUUGAUGACCCCAGAACCUAA